UUGCCGUCCCCCAAGCUUAGGGGUAGGGGCAGCCAAGAACGAACAGAACCCAACCAAUUUCUGCUCCUCCGCCUGCCUGCCACCCACGGCCACGAACAGCAACCGCAGCCUGCCAGCAGAUCGCAACGCCCCGCCCCGCCCCGCCCCUCCUCUCCCCCUCUAGCCAGCCACCGCCACCCCUUCUUUCUCUCUGCCAAGAAAGGCUCCAGGGGGGCGUUAGUGCGUGCGAGCGCGCGCGUGCCAGCCAUGCGCCCGUGAUGGCCCGGCCGUUCCAGAAGAUCGGCCUCGAAAGGUUCUCGUUCAGGCGGCGGAGGUCGGUGUCGUCGUCGUCGCCGUCGCCGCCGUCGUCGCCGCUGUCGCUGGCCUCGGACGGCAGCACCAUGGAGGGACCGCCGCCGGCGGCGCCUUCCACCAGGCGGAUUCUGUCGAGGAGCUGCGGGUCCAAGGGAAGCCGGCUCUCGGUGGACCUUCCGCCGCCGCUGGCCGGCGGCCCGUCGGAUAAGGGGGCGUCCGGGAGCUCGUCGUCUCAAGCGAUGCCGCCCAGGCCGGCCCGGCAUGAGGGCCCGCCCUCAGAUGCGGAGAUGGUGAAGGAGAAGUUCUCCAAGCUGCUGCUCGGAGAGGACAUGUCCGGCACCGGCAAGGGGGUGUCCUCUGCUCUCGCCCUCUCCAACGCCAUCACUAAUCUUGCGGCUUCUGUGUUUGGUGAGCAGCGCCGUCUGCAGCCGAUGGCCGCCGACCAGAAAGCGCGGUGGCAGAAGGAGAUCGACUGGCUUUUGUCUGUCGCCGAUCACAUUGUCGAAUUUGUUCCUUCGCAGCAGAUGUCCGACAACGGGACCUGCAUGGAGAUAAUGGUAACCCAGCAGCGUCUAGAUCUACAAAUGAACAUCCCUGCAUUGCGCAAGCUCGAUGGAAUGCUCCUUGAAUAUCUUGAUAGUUUCAAGGACAGACAGGAGUUCUGGUAUGUGUCCAAAGAUGCAGGCGAAUCGGAGAAGGGCAACAUGCCGAGGCAGGAUGACAAAUGGUGGCUCCCAACUGUUAGGGUCCCUCCUAAUGGCCUGUCAGAUGCAUACAGGAAAUGGCUUCAACACCAAAAGGAUCUCGUUGCACAAGUGCUGAAGGCAGCAAUGGCCAUCAAUGCUAAUAUUCUUAUGGAAAUGGAGGUCCCAGAAUCAUACAUGGAGUCCCUACCAAAGAAUGGGAAGUCCACCCUUGGAGAGUCGAUGUACAAACUUAUAACUGACGAUUAUUUUGACCCGGAAGAACUUCUAAGUUCUGUAGACCUGUCUGAUGAGCACAACAUUGUUGAUCUAAAGAACCGAGUCGAAGCCUCAGUAGCCAUCUGGCAGAAGAAAAUGACCAAUAAGGACAGCAAAUUGUCGUGGGGACAUGGGGUCAGUCAUGAGAAGAGGGGGAAGUUUGAAGGCAGGGCAGAGAACGUUCUUCUCCUGAUCAAGCACAGAUAUCCUGGCAUUGCUCAGUCAACUCUAGACAUAAGCAAAAUCCAAUGCAACAGGGAUGUUGGCCUUGCCAUUUUGGAGAGUUACUCCAGGACUCUCGAGAGCUUAGCUUUCACAGUUAUGUCUCGGAUCGAAGAUGUCCUCAAUGUUGACCUGGCCACUCAAGAUCCCAAGAACGCGGAUUCAAUGAGAAUCCCCAGUUUAACUUCAGACGACACAGAUAAGGUUGUCUCAGAUGCUAAGGCCGAGGUAGAAAAGUCGAGGAGAAUGGAACCAGUUACAGCAACGAUGUACGACUUCGCGGGCUCACGGGACCAUGUCAAGGAGGGCGCUAAUGGUCCGAAGCUGUCAAAGAUCUCAUCAAUUGCAACCAAGAGGUUUUCUUACCUCGAUAAUUUGGGUGGAACAAGAAGCCCAAUAGCUAGACACUAGCUGCUAUAGGGGUGAGGAUAGAUGGAUCAUGCUGCCCGGAAACCUUUGGAAGAAACUUUGUACAUAGCACAGAUGACUCCAAAGCAUCAUGAAAUUCGGAAUUGGGAGUUCCCUUUGAGGUUCUGUAAACUAACUCGGAGGAAGUUUGAUGCAUGAAGCCAUGCCAAUGUGAAUUCUUGGCAUGUUUACAUGAAAUAGUCAGAAGAUCAUAACUCAUGAACUGACCAUCAACAGUAGGCCUGUGGGAUUUGUACUUGUACGGUUUCAAAAGAAAAGGAGGGGAAAAGAUUGUAUUGCCCUA